UUCCUCUUCUUCUGUUGUUUUAGCCUCAGUCGUCAACAGACAGCGUAGGGAUCACGGAAGAAGGCUGCACAACGGCACCCGAUACAUCUUCUGUCUCACGCUCUCAUUCACUCUCAUUACAUAUUAACAAAAUAAGGUGAAAAAAAUAACAUGGGUUUCUGGACACUGUUCGAGGUGGCUUGCAUGCCUAUUUUGCAGGUACUUAUAAUCAGUUUGCUGGGCGCUUUCAUGGCUACGGAUUACUGUAAACUUCUCCCUGAAGACACCCGCAGAUACUUGAACAAGCUUGUGUUCGUUGUGUUUACCCCCUCGCUCAUGUUCGCAAGUCUGGCCAAGACUGUCACUCUCCAAGACAUCAUUUCAUGGUGGUUUAUGCCUAUAAAUGUUGGGAUCACCUAUCUAGUGGGAGGAAUCAUUGGAUGGAUUGUGGUCAAGAUUCUGAGACCGAAGCCCCAUCUCGAAGGUCUUAUCAUUGCUACUUGUUCAUCCGGUAACAUGGGAAAUCUGCUCCUUAUAGUUGUCCCUGCAGUCUGCAAUGAAGAUGGAAGCCCAUUUGGGAACCGUAGUGUAUGCAACUCAACUGGACUUUCCUAUGCAUCUUUCUCCUUGGCGAUUGGUGGUUUCUACGUAUGGACUAUCAGUUACCAAAUGGUAAAAACUUCGGCUAUGAAACUCAGAGCAGCUGAGGGAUUCGUUUCAAGGGCUGAACCCAACAACGAGUCGGAUGCCACGGCGGAGAGUUUGCUUCUGAAAGGAGGAAGCGAAAUUGAAGUUGAAGUUGGUGUAACGACGGUGGCAACAAAGGGCGUUGAAGAUCUGGAGACACAAGCAGCAAAUGAGAGUAGCCCAAAGCAAAAAGGGGAGGCAUCGUUGUGGGUUGAAGUGUUGGGCUUUUUUCAUCAGGUUUUGAAAGAGCUUUUGUCUCCCCCCAACCUUGGUGCAAUAUUGGGAUUCAUUUUUGGAGCCACUACGCCGUUGAGAAACCUUGUAAUAGGUGCAGGGGCUCCCCUACGGGUGAUCCAAGACUCCACAAAACUUCUAGGAGAUGCAACAAUCCCUUGUAUCACCCUGAUAAUAGGAGCCAACUUGGUUGACGGAAUACGCUCAUCGUUAAUAAAACCAUCGAUUAUCAUCGGCGUGGUGUGUGUCCGAUACGUUAUACUCCCAGUCAUUGGCAUUUGGGUAGUAAAAGCUGCCGGGAAUCUCGGGCUCCUAUCGUCUAACCCUUUGUUCCGAUACGUCUUGAUGAUUCAGUUUGCUCUCCCACCUGCCUCCAAUAUUGGGACCAUAACUCAGCUGUUUGGUGUGGGUCAAGAGGAGUGUUCGGUCCUCUUCCUGUGGACAUACCUGAUUGCAACUUUUGCUCUCACUACUUGGUCAACAAUCUUCAUGUGGAUCUUGACCUGAACUUCAACAACAAAUUAAUCAAAGAAAAACAAUUUCAUUUGCAUAGUUUAUAUAAGGUGAUGA